UACAAGAAACGCUAAAAAGAACAGACUAUUUUGACUCGGAAUCGGAUCGAGUCAACAAGUCGAAAACGCUAUUUGUCGAAUCGCGAAACUAGCGCCAGUGCGCGUUCCAGUAUUAUCAUAUUUCAGUGAUUUCAUGUGCUCCACUCCUAAGUAGGUAAAGUAGGUAAUAGGCUAUUUAAUCCUCUUUGACAAUAGAAUCACUCACUUGGAAUAAUAUUUAAAUAUAUUUGAUCAAGAUGAUUGGGAAGAUUAGUUAACAAGACGAGAAAGAAAACAAAUUAGUAACAAAACUAUUAAAAUAUUUGGUGUUUAGAAAAAAAGGGUAUAACCUCAAGGAGAGGUUGAAAUCGCAAUUUUUGCAUUGCACUGCGCUAUGUAACCUUGCGAUAAGGUUGAAGGCUUUAUAAUGCACCAGCCGGUGGAGUAAAAGGAAAAAAAAAAUAAAAAUCGCAAACCCAUCCCCCUGAUGAAACUAUACAACAACUUCUCUCCCCCAGAAUUACUCUAAAUAAUAAUCACCAAAAGAUUAGCAAACAAGUACAACCAACUAAUUAAGCAUAAUGUCCUGUCAAAUUAAAGGAAUAGCAAACAUAUCAAAUGUAAAUAGUGUUAGAAGAUUGCUUUAUGGCGAUGCUGUUAGCAAAUUCGAGUAUCUACCAAACGAUGAAUUGCCUCUUCAAGACUGUAUUAUAUCGCUAUCAUCGGUUGGAGAUGUACUUACAAUGGCUUGGAAUACAAAGAUGAUUAUAUUUGUUUCAAGGUGGGACUCUCAAGAAUUAGACGAGAUAAAAAAUAAGUUUCAUGUAACAUGGCACGGAGAAGUGACAAAAGACGCAAAUGAAUGGGUAACAUCGGUGAUCUGCUUACCUUUAAUGUCCUUGGGAAAGGCUACUGGUCCAGAUUGGACCUGUAUAGCUGUUGGAUAUAACACAGGUUUUGUCCGAUUCUAUACGGAAACAGGUGCUUUACUCUUAGCAGAGCAAAUUCAUAACGAAUCGGUUCUAGGAAUAAAGUGCCAAUCGUUUUGCUUACCCAAACACGCUGGGGAUGCUGGCUCUAGCGAAGAAGUUUAUAUUUUAUAUAACAGUGGCGUUUGUAUAUUACAAGGAUUUCCAUUAUUUUCUACUUUACGUGCUUGUAGAAAUCAUUUGGCUAAAGUUCAAGCGAAUUGCAAUGAUUUGCCACCAGUUACAAAUUUGUCAUAUAAAAAAUGGGCGUUCAAAAGUCAAGAUAUUGCAAACGAUUUAGAAGUGAUUGGUACGACGUCAAUAAAUAGCUUUGAUCAUUUAAUGACAGCUUCGAUAUGUGGUGGAUAUAACGCAACAUACAGAUCGAGUGCGCCGCAACACAAUUUGGUUCUUGCGACAGGGAAACGACCGUUUGUAGGAUUUCAUUAUGCACUGGAAGGUGGUAAUGCACCAGUCCUGUCGGAUGUUGCCAUUGCUAUGGCUAGUAAAUUGGCUAAUGCUAUCGGUACUGCUGUACCGUGGUUUCGUGGAAAUUCCAAGAAUGCAACAUCUGAAGCAUCAAAGGGUAUUGGUCAUGGAUCCAUAGAAACAAUGACGUGUCGAUUUGGUUUAAGCGAUAUUAUGAGAGAAGGUCAUUGCAUCGUUUGUAGUCCGAAUAAAAUGUUUUCGAUAAUAUCAGACGCUAUGGGUAGAGUGAUUCUCGUAAAUAAUAAAAAAGGUAUAGCUGUGAGGAUGUGGAAAGGUUAUCGUGAUGCUCAGUGUGGUUGGAUUGAAGUUACCGAAGAUAGAGAUCGUGGAAUACGUAGGAAUAUUGACAAAUCUGGACGCAAAGCUUUAUUGCGCACUGCUCUGUUUUUAGUUAUUUAUGCACCAAAAAAGGGUGUAAUAGAUAUUUGGAGUAUACAACACGGUCCAAAAAUCACUACUUUCACUGCUAGCAAAAAUGGACGAUUGCUGUACAUUAAUUAUGGUUUUCUGGGGGCGAAUGAUAGUGCCAUUUUGUCGAAGAAUAAAGCGCAAUACUCGUGUUUGUUUAUUGAUCCACUUGGAGGAUUAAAAGAGAUUUGUGUUCCAUUUCAUUUUGCGCUUAAUAGCAAAAACGGAAAACGGGCACGCGACAUACAUCUACUCAGGAAACUGAGAACGUUUUUAAGAGAAGAGGAUUUUAAUGAGGAGAAGUUAAUUUCCGAAGUUAAUAAUACUUGUUUGGGUUUAGAAACGAAUGAAGUUCGGAUACAAGCGAUAGAAGUUUUAAUGAACAGCAAGCAUAUUUUACCAGACGCUUUGCUCGCUGCGACGAAUUGUUUUAUAGUAAAAUCAGAAGACGAAGAAAAGAAAGGAGGAAUAAAAGGAGGAGAAGAAAAAGAAGAAGAAGAAGAAGAAGAAUUGGAUCCUCCCGCCAAGAUGCUUCGUCAAUUGAUAAUGCAGUUGCAACGAAUAAUUACAUUUUAUAAAUAUGUCAAGUCUCAACUUGAUGUAUCAUCCGAAUGCGAUAUGGUUACAAUGGUUGAUAACACAACGAGUGCUAAAAAUUUAUCUUCCAUAUUAUUAACCUCCGAACGAGAAGUAAAUCGUGUUAUCAAAUUGGCUAAAAUAUUAAAUAACUUGAUAGAUGGUAACAUUUCGACAGAAGUUAAAGUCAAAUUUAAGGAUGAAAAUGUGUUUUUUGACUUUUUAUCAUGCUUUGAAUUGGGCACAUCGAAAUUGAUUGGGUUACGAAAAGGUAUAAAAGAAGAAAAUGUACACAAAAUCUCACGAUUGAUAUAUCAGGGACGAAUGUAUUCCGACGAUAUCAAAGAGAGAUGGCAGCAAGCGGCUAAAGAUAGUAACAUUCAACCGUUUAUUUUCAUGCGACUGGCAUUAAUAUAUUGGACGUACAAGGAAGAGGCUACGUUUUCAGAAAUUAAAUUAAAACGCUUUACGCAAUUGCUGCAUGCUAUAUGUUUAUUAACCGAUGUGGAAGAAAUAUGUGUUGAAUAUAACGAAGUUUCCUUAUGGUGGAAAAAUGUUCGCACUAUUCUGCUAGAAUCUACAAAACCUUUCAACGCGUUUACCGCUGCGUUAGCAUGUAGAGCGACUGCUAUGACUCUAGAAAAGUGUAAAGAAAAAAUGCAAAAUCAGAAGCGGUUGGGGAGUAAUGGAAAUGAAGAGGAAGGCGUUAAAAAUGGAAAUAAUGUAACUGGAUCAAAUGAAAUGCAAAGUAAAACAAAUGAUGUCACACCGGACGAUGAAACGUACAGUUCGAUUAGCGAAUGGGAAAAUGUCAGCAAUGAUACCUGUCAGUUCACCCUGUUGAUCGGAAAUCUUGAAGAUAUUACUAUUUUGAAUGCUGUUAUUAGCCAGCGAGUUGUAUCAGAUGAGACAGCACGAUUCUUUGCUCUACCAUUUACGAGAAACGACAUUUCUUUAGCAUCGAUCCUCUCCGCAGGAAGAGGUUCAGUGUCUGAACUGGUUGCAAAAUGGCUCAGCACAACGGGUAUCGAUCCAGCGCGAUUAAUUGACAUGACCGACGUAGAAUUCGAUCAGUUGCAAUUAUCAGUAGAUUCUUUACAUUUAACCGAAACGCUGAAUGAGGCGACUGGUGUCCAAGUACCUCAAGAGGAACGAACAAACCUUCUUUCUUUAUCGAUAGAAAUUGGGGACGAAGCAAAAAUUAACAUGACUACGGAGGCAUGCGUUUUAGACAAUAUGCUUCUACUCAAACGCCAUUUCCCAUACAGUUUAACGAGCAGCGUUUUAUUGGCCAAUUUAUGCUGGGAGUUUGCCAUGUCGUGGGAUAAAGAUGUGAGCCAGCUGGAUUCGCUCGCAGCUGCCUUGACUGUUUUGCGACAAAUACCAAUGAAGAAUUUGAGGCACGGCGUCUGCUGUCUGUUGUGGACGCUUCAUAUAAAAAAGAGAAUAGAAGCGGCAGCAAAAUUAAUGAAUAAACUUGGAAAAUUGCCAAAGGAGAGAUUAUGUAUGCAAGACAUCGGUUUAUCUGACAUUCAAGUAACAACGUUUUUACAACACUGUGUUGCUUUUUUGGAUAUAUUUAUCGAUACUGAGAUACUUGAACGAGGAGAUAGUGCAGUAAUAAAGUCGGAAGAAUUGUGGGACGGACACUUCGGUGGACCACAACCGUUUGCCGCACUAGCUAUCUCCCAAACUCCAGCUUGGUACGACUUAAUUUUGCUACACGUACAAGUGGCUAAUGUCCUAUACAUGAUGGCAUGCCUCAAUUUAAAAAUGCUGAAACCAUUAAAUAAUUUGUUCGAAUCCGUGGUACAGCCUUAUCUUUUUCAAGACAUAACGGACAAAGCGAUGCUCACAUGGUACCGAGACGACAAGAGGGAUAAUAUACGUACAGAAUUUUUAUGUAGAGUAAUUACAGCAUCGAUGGAAUUUAUUCAUCGAGAAACCACUGACGGUGUAACGGUUAGUUCGACACAGGCUAUCUCAUGGAUGAACAAGUGUCAAACAUUAGCAUCUAUCUGGAAAAUUAAUAAUGACGAAUUGAGAAUACAUCAAGCCUGUCAGCUGUACAUAAACGGUUUUGAUCGUUUAGCGGAAGAGGUAACUAUAGCAGUAACCGAUAUUGAACGCUUAGCUGCAAACUUAUUGCCUAUAGCUGGAAGAAGAAUGAUGGCGUAUCUCUCAAAAACACCUAAUCUUCUGGAAGAAAUGUCCCGAUUGAGUCCAGCGCUUACAAGAUACUUGGAAAGCCUGAAUUUGCCUGAAAUAAUCUGUACAAAUUGUUUGAAUGCCGACACUGUGGAAUUGAUUCGACGAGUAUCUGUGCAUUUACCUAAAACUCACUGUGAUUAUCACAUUAUGCUGUUAAUGUUAGACGCAACAUUUAUUUAUAAAGAUAACAACUAAUUUUGAAUUUUGUAAACUAUGUCCUGUGAUAUUAUAGAGUAGAAAAAUUGAGAAUAGAAGAAUUUUAUUACACACACACACACGCACACACACACACACACACACACGCACGCACACACACACACACACAAUGAAACAUGAAUAGACUUGAAACCAUUGUCUUCUAUCGAUGGAAAGACAAUAAACAUUCACGCGUAAUAAUAUAAAUGAAAGUAUUAAAAGGUGGUAAUCAAACUGCAUCUGAAUUGCUACAUAUUUUUUGGUGUAUUAAUAAACAAUUUAAUUAUAAAUAGAAUUACGAGCGCGAUUUCGAUCUAAAAAAUAAUUAUAUUAAUGCUUGAUGUCUGCUUGAUAUGAGCUGUACUCUAUUUCAAUAAGUGAUUGCGUAUCUAUAUAUAAUACCUUAUGCUAGCAUGCUAUUAUAUCACAGGACAUUAAUUCAUAAUGUAUUUUGCAUCUUUACGUCUGGCUGAAUAAAUAUGUACAAGUGGGCACGACAUGAUUUCUUAUGAAAAAAUAAGGAAAAGAUAUAGAAUAAAUUUUUUCGGCUUAGUUUUCGAAAAAUUGAGUUUGAAAAUCCGCUGCCUACGCAUGCUGUUACAAAUAAGGUACGGUUCAUCGAGUAUAACGCGCAUCAUGUUUAUAAACAAUGUCUACACGACAUUUGAAAGCUACUGAGUUCAAACACAAAGAAAAUUUUUAAUGAGCAAAAUUUUAUUUCAUUAAUUACAGAAUUGCUGUUGCAACUUGGCUGCUGUGGCAGCCGUCACUUGACGAAUAUUAGCUGUAACAGCAUGUGUACACAGUGGAUUUUCAAACUCAAUUUUCUCGAAAAUUUAAGUCGAAAAUUUAAAAAAUUUAUUCUAUGUUUUUUCUUAUUUUUUUCACGUCUAAGAAAUCACGUCGUAUCCGCUUGUACAUAUUAUUGGCCUGGACCUUGUAUAUGUGUCAUUCCACGUCAACUCAAUCAUCCUCUUGUCUAAAAUUGUACUCAAUGAAUUGUAACUUGUAGGGUACCAAAAUUUAGGUUGAAACUUCUAAUUUUCGAUUCCAUGUAAUGAUUUAAAAAAAUAUCAAAUAAUAAUCUUGAUUUUAUCAAUGAAAUAAAAGAAUUUUUUAAUUUCCUUAUUCAAAUCUCUUCUAUUUCUUGCAAAUGAAGUAUAAUAGUCAAUUUAAUGCAAUUUUGUAUAUUAAAUCCGAAUCUGAAUUUAAAAAAUAACCGUUAAUACUUAAAUAAAAAAAAACAAUAAAAAUGACCAGAAUUGCCGCUUUUGAUCAUAAUUGCAUUCUUUUUCCAAAUAAACAUUUAAUUUUUAUUUGUAUCUACUGAAAAAUGAAAAUAUUAUUUUUAAGAAUGCUUUUUCUUACCUUAUUUUUUUUUCUUUAUUUCUAUAAAAGUAUAAAAUUACCCAAUUAUUAUUUUUCAACACCAAUUUUGGCCAAGUUUUUUGGCCAAUCCAUAUAAUAAUAUUUUUUAAUUCGGAUUCAGUAUGCAAAAUUACAUUAAAAAUAACUACAGUACUUCAUUUGCAAGAAAUAGUGGAGAUUUGAAUAAGGAAAUAAUUUUAAACAAAUUCGUUUUCUAUUUGAUUGACGAAAUCAAAGUUAUUUUUCAAAAUCUAUACAUGGCAUCGAAAAAUUUUUACCUAAAUUUUAGUAUCCUAUAAGUUAUAAUUUGUUGAGUACAAUUUUAGAAGGGGAGGUGGCAGAGUUGACGUAGAAUGAUCUCUAUAUGUAUCUACAUAUAUAUAAAAUUUUUUUAAGAAUCUAUAUAAAGUCAUUAAGUUUAAAUUAUAAAUGUUGUAAUUACAUCUAUUGUAAUUAUCAAAUGUAUAUUUCUUUCGGAUAUAUACCCUUGUAAAUAAUCGUCUUUUAACAAUUUUUAGAGGGGUUCUAUAAUUUAUUGAAAAUACAUAAAAUAUUGUGUUUCAAUCGAAUCGUACGUAAACUGUCGAAAUAAAAUAAAAUACUGAUGCAUACAA